AUGAAGACUUUGUGGGGUUUGUGGCUGUGUCUGGGCUCGUUGGCGGGCCUGCUGAGUGGGCCGCGGGGGACUGAGGGUUCGCUGCUUCCGAUAUCCCGCAGCAGCAGCAGCAGCAGCAGCAGCAGCAGCAGCAGCAGCAGCCCGCCGGGUGGCUGGAGCAGCGACGUGGUGCGCUGCGUAUUCCUUGCGCGGGGGCCCCCCAGGGGGGCCCCCCGGGGGGCCCCCGGAAAGACCGUUUUGUCGGCCUUUUAUGUUCCUGCUGCUGACAAAAAGGUCUACGAAGAGGGCCUCCAGGAGUACCUGCUGCAGCUGGGGGCCCCCCCCCAAGAGCUGCAGGUGGUUUGUGCUGCUGCUGCAGCAGCAAACUUAGCAGCAGUUUCUUGCCAGCCGUGUCUGUACACCGAAGCAAGCCAAGACAGAAGACACACUCGCCACGGCCAAGUCCUCGGCGUGCUGCUGCUGCAGUGUCUGCAGGGGGCCUUCAGCAGCAGCAGCAGAAUGCAGCACAGCCACUACCACCCCAUUUGCUACCCCGACGAACGCGACAGCAGCAGCAGCAGCAGCAGCAGCAGCAGCAGCAGCAGCAGCAGCAAAGUUGCUUGA